ACUUACAAUUCAUAAUCCUGUAAAAUAUACUUCCUAUUGUUAAAUCAUUUUAAAUUUCUUUGAUAAAUUUAAUAGAAUCAUAUCUUUAUUAAGUUCAUAUUUUUUUCUUAAUCGUUACAUCGAUCCUUAUUCAUCAUAUAAUAAAAUAAUUAUCCUUUAAGUAUAAAUAAUAACUAAUGUCAUAUAAAAUUUAAUAGAAUUUAAUAAAAUUAUUUUAGAUAUUUCACAUUUAUAUAUAUAGAAAAUGCCGAAAUCAAAGGAAUAUGUGUCUACGGAUGAUGACAGUAGUGAUGAGGAAAUGAAACCAAAGAAAAAGCAAAAAAGAGAAAUAGAGGAUAAAGAAGAGAAAGUAUCAAAAAAGUUAAAAAAUGAAUCUAAUAAAGAUGAAUCUAAUAAAGAUACUGUCUGGGAUUUAGGAAAUAAUCGUCAAAUCAGUGUAAGAGAUUUUAAAGGAAAAUUAUAUGUUGACAUCAGAGAAAUGUAUUAUGAUAAAGAAGCAAAUUUAAAACCUGGAAAAAAAGGUAUUUGCUUAAAUGUAACGCAAUGGAAAAAAUUACUAAAUGUUAUGGAUGAUGUGGACAAAGCUGUAAAAUCUAAAUCUUGAAUAUUUAUUUUCUUAUAUAUUUAGUAAAUAUUUCAAUAAUUUGGGAUUAUGUUUAAUAUAUAUCUUUCUUGUUAUUCAUAAACAGAAUACACAUUGGUUUUACAUAUGUUUUCAACUUACAGUUAUAUAUGUACUGUUUGUGUUAUAAAAUGAUAUUUUCAAUAAAAAAAGUAUUUUCAUCCUA